AUGGCUGAUACGGCAUUUCAAGCUAGGUCUUUGGUAUUUGAUCCCUCUCGUCAUCAAGAUGAAAAUACUGAUAGAGGCCAUGUCGCUCUCAGUACCGCAAUCUUCUCCGCUUCUCCAAUCGUUUUUCCUCCUACAACUUCCGCGAGUACGCGAGGCGGAGGACUAGGGAUGCCUUCCGGGAACACAAGAGCAUCGAGGACCCGAGGAGAAUCCAGGAGCUCGUGCAGAAGGGAUUGAAGGAGCUUCAGGUGUUGAAGGUCCGUUCCACCACAGUCGGCUGAUGACGAUGGCGCCAUCCGAGCGGGCGUGUGGGAAGUGUGCUGAUUAGGGCCCGGGGAAAUCUAGAGACAAACCAUGAUUAGCCAGUUCUUCCAGAUGGAUAGAUUGGUCGUUGAGGGCG